AAGGCCGUCGCCUACGCGAUACUCUCGCAUCGAUGGGGAGAGGCAGAGGCAACAUAUACGGAAUACAUCACUUCUCAGGAGAGAUUCAGUUCAACUUCUAAACCGAUCCAGCAAGCCACGACUCUGGGUUACAUCAAGUUACUCAAGUUCUUUGACGCAGCCUCGGUACAAGACAUCGAAUUUGCCUGGGCCGACACAUGCUGCAUCGACAAAAGUAGCAGUACCGAACUCGAUGAAGCGAUUCGCUCCAUGUUCCGCUGGUACAAAAACUCAGCGCUUUGUAUCGUCCAUCUCGCGCAGACUACCUCAGUUGACGACAUGGCCAGGGACGAGUGGUUUACGAGAGGUUGGACAUUGCAGGAAAUCCUCGCACCCGAUCGGAUCAAGUUUAUGGACAAGGAUUGGAAGCGUCUUACGACUUCGGCAGAGCUGCUUCGCGAAGUUCAAGUAGCCACGGCUAUCCCUGUCGAGGUCUUGACCCAUCCCUUUGUUCCACGAACCGCUAACAUCAAUGAGAAGAUGAGCUGGGCUGCCUGCCGAAAGUCAACGAGAGGUGAAGAUGCCGCAUACUCCCUGAUGGGAAUGCUAGGCGUCAGUAUACAAGCCGCAUAUGGCGAAGGGCGUGUCCGAGCAUUCCGCCGUCUUUUCGAUGCGAUUGUCGAAGAGGUCGAAGAC